AAAGAUGAUAAACUAAUGUACAUCCUACUAUUAUUUCUCACAGGUGAGCAUUUAACUGGCGAAUAUCGUGAUAAAGUGAGUCAUUUCAAGCGCUUGCCGGUCAUUCAAGAUGACAGUUUCUUAUUGGCCGAAAGUGUCGCUAUUUUUCGACACCUAAACCGAGAGAAAAUUGUGCCGGAACACUGGUAUCCACGCCGCAACUUUGGACGCAGUCGAGUUGAUGAGUUCCUUGAAUGGCAGCAGCGAAAUAUGGGAUUGGCAUGCAGCAAUUACUUCAAACAAAAAUGGCUUUUGCCUAUUCUGGGCAAGACAUCUACUGAAGAAACGAAUGCCAGUCUUCUAACAGAACGUUUAAAUCAAUCUUUUAAAGAUUUUGAAAAUCUUAUUUUUAAACAAGAACAAAUUCGUUAUUGGCGACAACCUUUCUUACGCUGACUUGAUGGCAAUUUGCGAGAUUGAUCAACCAAGUAAGUUAUCUUAAGAAUUUACCA